AUGACCUUGCUGGAAGACUUGGAACAUCUAAAACUCAACGAAAAUGACACCUUUGAAUUCAAUAAGCACCGGUCAGCUUCGCUUUCUUCAAACGUUAGUAUUCCAAGUCGUGAACAAUCAUGGUUUACUAGAUUUAAUUUCAAAUUACGUCAAAAGGGAAAAAACGUAUAUGUCAUUGAACGCAUUUCAGAUUUGAAAUUAUUGUUUGAAUUUUACUAUAAACAUCGAAAUAGAUUUAAUUUUAAUUAUUCAGAACUGUUGUUUCCUUAUUUGCAUGGGUUGAAUAAUUCUAAUCAGUGUUCAUACUUUUUAGAUGAAGUUCAAUUAAAAGAUAUUCAUCACCAAUUAUCCAAUUUACAAUUGAACAAUGUUAUGUUUCUCAGGAGUGACAAUAAGAAGACCAAUAUACCUAAUCUUCUAAAUACAGUAGAUAUAAAAGAAUUGUUGACUAAGGAAGGUAGUUAUUGUUCACUUGAUUAUGACCAUACUCUGCCAGAAAAUGAAGGAGAAUUGAAUUGCCGCAACUUCAACAAGCAAAUCAAAUUGAUGGCACCAUUGUCCCAUUUUGUGCUUUAUAAUUACAACAACACCUGUAAUGAUGAGACCAUGAGAAUUCUUCGGCAAAUCAUACCUUCUGAUAGAUUCAUUUACUCGAUUGAAAUUGAUUACUGGUGGAUGGAAAUUGAUUCCUCAUACUUUGAUAAUGAAUAUGAUGAGCUUAAAAUGUACAACAAUUCAAUGACAAACGAAAUAAGCUUUUCUGAGGAGAAGUAUGUUCUGCAUGACGAAAUUUAUGAUUGCAAAUUCCAUAAAUAUGAGCAAAAUUUAAUAUGGAGAUUAAACUCAAGAAAAUGGAUUCUUAACGACCGGGUAUGUGUAGGGAAUAUUCUUGAUUUCAAUAACCUUCGUUUAGAAACUCGAGAGUUCAAGUUGAUUAUAAAUUGUCACCAGGAUGCCAAAUUACCUACGCUUGAAUUGCUUGAAUCAAUUUGGGACAAUUUCUCGUUAGAAAAUUCCCAGGGAUCGGUAUUCUACUUGGACUUCCCUGCUUCUGGAAGCUUUGAUCCUCUAAGAAUUACCAACGACGAGUUAAAUAUAAUUUUGAAUGUCCUCAAACUAAUUGAGAAGAUUAGCAGACAAAACAAGAUAUUUGUAUUCUCCUAUGAUGGUUUUACUGGUUCUUCACUUUUAACCAUCUGUAUUACCAUGCUUUUGGCAAGGAAGACAGUGGAAGAAGCAAUCAUCUAUCUUGUCCAAUCCCCAGCAAAGAUAUACUUUUUCAAAGGAGAUAUGUCAUACCUUUCUCGAUUUGAGCGGUUUGUUGAUUAUUUAAACAAGCAUUUAAUAUCUGAGUUCCCCAAUAUUAUACCUCCAGACUCCUUAAACUUUCUGGCUAUUAAUAGGUAUUACCAUAUGCACCCUAUUAUAAAACCUCAGCCGUAUGAUUGGUUCAAACUCAAUCAAGAUAACAAUUUCCCUUCAAGAGUAUCGCCAGGGGUUUAUUUAGGUUCCCUCAAUCAUGCCAACUCAAGAACUAUCCUUAGAUCAUUGAAAAUAUCUCAUAUGGUUUCCAUUGGAGAAUGUCCAGCGUGGUGGGCUGACCUUGACCAAUACAUAACUUUUGAUUUUGAGAAUGUAUCGACUUCAAAGCAUGUUUUAACUCCUAUUUUCACGUUCAAUGAAAACUGUCAAGUAUACGAUGUAGAUUUGUCACAAUAUUCCAUUCCACCAAGAAUUGUUCCGGGUCUGGUGAAGUCCUUAGUCUACAUUCACAACUUCAAUGAUGAUGGACGCGACUCUAUUCUUCCAUUGCUACUUGAUGCGCCCACCUAUAUCCAGGAGAAGAUUCUUCUUGGAUCCAACAAAAACACAUUCCAAGCUAAUGAAAUCACAUUGGUUCAUUGUAAGAUUGGUGCGUCUCGAUCAGCUUCACUUGUACUUGCAUCUCUUAUGAAACAACAUCGAAUCAAUUUGGUGCAAGCAUAUUUGGCAUUACGUGUUCUUCGAUUCAAUAUCAUAAUCCAACCCAAUUUGAAAUUGUUUUAUGAUUUGUAUUUGUAUCAAUCUUACUUGGGAGUAGAUGAACAGGAUAAUGAUUGCAAAAUAUGGAAUUGGGAGUGUCUAUGCAAGGAAGUUCAGUUAUUGAAUGAUAACUAUUUAUAAUUUUUUAAUUCUUGAUUUUAUAUUCUUA